CACAAAGCGAUACUUCCCAUCAAUAUGCUUUUGAAGCUCAGUCUUGUAGCAAUAUUUUUCAGCCUCAUGGCUGCAAAUCGCCUUCAAAAUGCGAGUGGAGAUCAAGCCCUAAUUGACCGAGUUUGUGCCAGAAUGCCUGACCCGACCGCCUGCCAAAUGUGCAUUAAGGAAGAUCCUGAACACGAGAACGAGGAUGAACCCGGCCUCGGCCGGGCAUCCAUGGUGUGUUGUAUCGGAAGAAUUCUCACUAUUAAUCGCGAUAUCUACAACAUGGCUAACAGUAGUCGUGAUGGUUCAAUUAGAGACAUAUGCACGAAAUGCACUGUUCAUUUCGAUGAUUCAUUGAAGAAUCUGCGAGAUGCAUUGGUGUUUUGGGGUUAUGAUCUUUUUCAAAAUGCUACAGAUUCGGUUGGAAUAGCUCAUAGUUAUUUUCUACAAUGUGCCAAUAUAAUUGUGGGAUUACCAUCACCAAAUCCUUAUAUUGAAGCGUUGGAUACUUUGGAGAUUUUAUUAGUAAAUUCAGAAGCAAUGUUGUCCCUUCUAUAAUGUAAUUUCUAGCUUUUGUUGAGUUUUGUGAUCUCGUAUACUCAACUAUUUAUAGUACAAACUGAAUUAAAGUUACAAUUUCCUGUGCUUUAAUUAAUCCUUUUUUGGAAUAAUUAGAGGAACUUUUUGUUCAUGAUUAAUUAGACCGCUUUCCGUGUAAUUUCAUUUUGAUGAUAUUGCUUCGUUGCUUCUUAGUUUUGG